UGGCAUGAUAAUUCUGUUUCGAAGUUCAUACAUCAUACAUGUAUAUCUAAAAUGCCUUUAUAUUUUAUAUUAAAAAAACAACAAAUUGAUCCAAAUCAAACUUCUCAUCCUCUUGCAAACGAAACCAACAACAAGAAGAUUUCACCAAAUGUUUUCAAUUUUCAUUCAACCUUCAAACCGAGUACUGUCACGCGUAUAAUCUAAACCCAAUCUCUUCAAUUUCCCCCAAUAAAUCAUUCCCCCAAUUCAGUUUUUCUCAAUAAUCACAAACCCAAUCAAAUGUCGUCGUAUUACGGUCACAACACCGCCCCAUCUGCCCCACCGGAGCCCCACCCACAACCCGCUUCACAUCCCGGAUCACAACCCGGUGUCGGUUACCCAUACCAACAACCACCGGUACAAUCUCAACAACCUGCGUACGGGUACAAUAAUAACUACGGGCAUAAUCAGAAUCAGACCCAGAACCCGAAUAGUUCAAUCGGGUUUGGUGGUGGGCAAUACGGGUACCCGCCGGCACCGUCGUUUCCACCGGGUACGCACCCGGAAGUUAUUCGGAGCUUUCAGAUGGUGGAUUUGGAUCGGAGUGGGUUUAUAGAUGCGAAAGAAUUGCAGCAGGCGCUUAUUUCUGCUUACCAGAAGUUUAGCAUUCGGACUAUCCGGUUGCUCAUGUUUCAGUUUCGGAAUCCCCUUGACCCUUUCAGAACUGGUCCUAAAGAGUUUGCUGAUCUAUGGAGUUGUCUUGGCCAAUGGCGCGCUAUCUUCGAGAGAUUUGAUAGGGACAGAAGCGGAAAAAUCGACGCUGCAGAGUUAAGAGACGCUCUAUACAGUCUUGGAUAUGCGGUUCCACCUUCCGUACUGCAACUCUUAAUCUCGAAAUAUGAUGACCAAAGUGGACGCAGAGUCGAACUUUCCUUCGAUAGUUUCGUCGAGUGUGGCAUGAUUGUGAAGGGUUUGACAGAGAAGUUUAAGGAAAAGGAUACGCGAUACACGGGUUCAGCGACACUAUCAUACGAGACGUUUAUGACGAUGGUGAUCCCAUUUCUGGCAGCUGAAUAGUCGUGUUUAACACGUUGCAAUUAUUCGCUUCGUUUUAGCUUUUCGCGUGUCAAUUUUGGUCAAGUAAGAUGUAAACUUGGAAGGAGAUGAAUAUGAUUGUAAACAUUGUUAGUUUGUUAAAAGUGUUUCUUGCCUGUUACUCCUUUGUUUUGUACAAUACCGUUAAUUCUGUUGCUUGUUUGA